AUGCUGUCACCCCUCUGGCAUAGUGCCUACUGGCCUAUUUACUGCCUACGGGGCUAUUACUGCCUACGGGGCUAUUAUCUGCCUACGGGGCUAUUACUGCCUACGGGGCUAUUAUCUGCCUACGGGGCUAUUACUGCCUACGGGGCUAUUAUCUGCCUACGGGGCUAUUACUGCCUACGGGGCUAUUACCUGUCUACGGGGCUAUUACUGCCUACGGGGCUACUACUGCCUACGGGGCUAUUAUCUGCCUACGGGGCUAUUACUGCCUACGGGGCUAUUACUGCCUACGGGGCUAUUACUGCCUACGGGGCUAUUAUCUGCCUACGGGGCUAUUACUGCGGUGGGGUAUUACUGCCUACGGGGCUAUUACAGUCUACGGGGCUAUUACUGCCUACGGGGCUAUUACCUGCCUACGGGGCUAUUAUCUGCCUACGGGGCUAUUACCUGCCACGGGGCUCUUAUCUGCCUAAGGGGCUAUUAAUGCCUAAGGGGCUAUUUACUGCCUACGGGGCUAUUUCCAGAUGGUGGCUGAGCCGAGUCUCCGUGGCUGCACUUGCAGCGGCGGUUUAG